AGGACAAAUGGCUGUUGCUGUGCUUCUAGCAACUUACCCUAUGUAAUGAAAAUCUGAACUCCUACUGCACCUUGAUAACUUUAUGCACCCUACCACCAGAUCCAUCAAAGGAAACAGAGUACCAGUCACCCCCAACCAAGUUUCUACGUAUGAUCACUCUGGUACAUUAUACCCACAGCGAAAAGUGUACGGUGUAGGGUCGCUUGCCUUCAACAACAAAUCCUUCCCCAACUUCACUGAUUCAAGGCCAUCAAGCAGAUCAAACUUGAGUAACCCUGGCACGCAGCAAAAUGUUUUGCCUCAGUCCCAUGCCACCGGAAUAGUCCCAAAUGAGCAGACCACGGCCACGGAUGAGAAAACAGGAUGUCUCCCUGGGGAUAGAGUCGUCUUUGCAGAAUCCCCCUCUGCACCUGGAGUUCCCAUAGUUUACCGACUACCUGAGGAGAAAUCAGCUAACCCAGAUCGGUUAAACCUGGACAGGAGACGCCUCACCAUUUGUCCUAUUUUGGAGGGGGAAGAGAACCUUCGACUUCUUAAUUUUCAGCACAACUCUAUUGCCAGAAUUCAACAUUUGUCGUCCUUGCGACGUCUCAUUUUUCUGGAUCUUUAUGACAAUCGGAUUGAAGAGAUCUCGGGUUUAAGUACACUUUCAUCGCUGAGAGUUUUAAUGUUGGGUAAAAAUAGGAUAUCUAAAAUUGACAACUUGAACAACCUUUUGAAACUUGACGUUUUGGACCUUCACGGAAACCAAAUUAAGGAACUAGAGAACCUGAACCAUCUCUCAGAAUUACGUGUACUCAAUUUAGCUGGCAAUCAACUGACAAAAGCUUGCAAUUUUCUGGGACUCUCCUCGUUGACGGAACUAAACUUAAGAAGAAAUAAGAUACAGUACGUAGGGGAGUUGGAUCACCUGCCAAAGUUACUGAGACUGUUCCUUAGUUAUAACGAUGUUCGCAGCUUUGAGAGCAUACGGUGUCUGGGUGGCAGCCAAAGUUUACAGGAGUUAGCUCUGGACGGGAAUCCAUUCACGGCGGAAGCGUCGUACAAACAGAUCGUUAUAGACCAAAUGCAAUGCUUGCGGCAGUUGGAUCUGAAGAAAGUGACUGAUGAUGAGCGACGCAUGGCAAGCAUUGUUGUGAGGAAGGAACAGGAGAAGAAGAAGGAGUGUAGUAAGGCCCAAGCAAUGAAGGAGCGACGGCGUGUAGCAAUACAAAACGCAGAGAAACGUUGGCAGGAGGACAAUAACAUAAACACGGGAGCAGCACCGUCCCUCAACAACGGGAAUCCUGAUAACCACACUGUGUCCCUAGGGUUCGAAUCUCUGUCUCACUACACCGAGGUAGAAACAGACACUCUGCGUUUGUACGGAGCGGCAGCAUUGGACGGGCUAGACAAGAACAACACUGUUAGCAAUGUGGCAGCUAUAUCUCAUAUCUACUUCAAGUUUAUACCUUACGAUAGUAUUGUUCCUCACUUCCCUAAACUACGAGUCAGGUUCCCUGCACUUCAAGGCCUCACCUUCUCCUUCUCCUCCAUCUCCUCUCUCAAGCAGCUCAGUUCCCUAACCGCUGUUAGACGUCUUGACUUUAUCUCCCUUUCUCCCGAGGGCAACCCUGUUACUAACUUCUCUCUUUGGAAGUACUACUUACUGUACAGACUGUCCCACUUUAACCUACGUAAGAUAAACGAGGUAGACGUCAGUAUGACUGACACAGUCCUGGCUGAGCAGCUCUUCUCCGAGCUGGGGAAUGUUACUUUACAACAGUUCGAUCUGAGUCGGAUACUCGGCCUUCUUCCUGACGUUCGCAGGAAACAGGUGUUAGGGCACUGUGAUACCUUAGAACAAAAGAAAAACAUUUCACAGAGACAGACUGAAGAUCGUAGAAAACUGAUAAUUGCUUCGGAACAGAAAAACAGGCCCAUUGGGACAGAGUCACUGAACGUAUCAGCGUUAGUGUAUAAUACAGUAACUAGACCUAAAAGCGCUAAACCUUCUGAUAAAGUUACCAGCGCUACCUCCCAAAUACUCGACGAGAUAGUAGCGUCAGCUAUAUCACGACAGAACAAGCUGACUGCACUAGAGAAAGUGUGGAACAGUGUUCUGAGGGACACAGUCCGGGCAGCCACUAACGAUUUUACCUGUUUGUCAUCAACCGUGGACAAGGCUCUGUCUCAGAUACAGGACACGUGACUGUGACAUGUAACGUGACGUCAUCACACCACGUGACGUUAUUAAUUCGCCUGGUAUCAUUGCUCAAGACCUAGACCUCAUGUGACGUCACAGUGCAGAUGACGUCAUGAUGACGUCAUGAUAGUAGACAAUUGCUACCCAUCUGAUACGUGUCCUCUGAUCUUCAGACUUUUCAUUAUUAUAUUAUCUUAAAUUAUUGAGAUUUACUAAUAUCAUAUAAGUUGUUUGAAAUGGGGGGCAAAUGAUUUUUGUUAGGCCAGACUUCAGAUAGUAACCUUAACCAUGUUUUUAAUCAGAAAAGCACUAGUUUGCUAGUUUGAUAGUUUGCUAGUCAUUGCCUGUCUUACUACCAGUAUAACCAAUAUUUGUACAUAAAAGUAUCCCUAUGGUACUAUCAUAACCUUACAUAAUGUAAAUAUGUAAUACUAAUGAUUCAAUAUUACAUAAUUUUUAGUUUGUAUAUAUUGUUGUAUCAUAUAUAUUAUUUGAUAAACUUUAUAUUUACAGCACAUUUUAUUGAUUUCAUUUCAUGCAUUGUAUAAUCUAUAGAGCUAUAGUAGUUCCAAUUGUAAGUAAGUUUAACAUGUAACAUGUAAGUCUGUCACUUGCACUUGUCCUAAGUUAUAAUCCAAUAACAUGCCAACAGUAUCCAAAUCUAAAGUAAAACCUCCAUUAUAAGACUAUAGCAUGUAAAGCAUAUUUCCCACUAUUCUUCAACAUCUAAUUAUAUUAAUAAUAAAUUGCGCUAACAAGAGCCCAUAACCCACACACCCCAGUAACAACACCCAGAUCCCCCAAGGUAUGGAUAACGCGGAUCUAGAGUCCCUAAAACUGGUUCCCGGUCGUCUGAAUCCCAAGUUCUCAGCGUCCCUAACAGAGUACAAUGUGUUACUCAGCAGUGCGGCUACACAAGUGCGGGUAGAAGGCCUGACUGCAGAUAGUGGAGCUAGUUACAGUGUUAAAGGUGCUGAGGGGGAACGAACUGUGCCGCUUAAUGAGGGUAUCAACUACGUUCACAUUGAGGUCUCCGCUAUUGACGGCACCACCAAAAAUUACACAAUAACUGUCACUAAACUAGCUGCUAACCUAGCUGAGCUGCUAAAUCUGAAUCUGGUUCCUGGCAGGUUAGACAGAGCGUACCAGAAGAAGAUAAGUGAGUAUUACGCUACACUUGGGUGGGCGGUUAAUCAGGUGACAGUGAAGCCGGUGAAGCAGGACCCUAAGAUGACGGUGGAUAUAGACGGGAACCCUCCAGCGACUCCAGUACAGCUGCAGAGCAUGGAGACCACAGUUAAAAUCAAUGUUUUGUCCCCAGAUCAAAGUACCACGAAAGUCUACACGCUGCACCUGCUGAAAGAGGAUACUGGUUACAGACCAGAGACCGCUAAGACUGAUUUGUUGUGUGGAGUUUGCUCGAGUUUGUAUCAGUGCCCAAGGAGACUGCUCCAGUGUUCUCACAGUUUCUGUACGGUUUGUCUGGCUGUGAGUCAGCGGACUGAUAAGAAAUGCCCAACGUGCAGCGCUCCCCCACCCGUUGAUCCACCGUUUGAUGAUGUUGACAGUGAGCUGCGUGAAAAACUCCUCUCUGUGGAAGUGCUGUGUUUUUAUUGCGGCACUGGUGUGGGUAGUCCCGGACUCUUAGAACACGCUGUGGAAUGUUCUGAGAGACUGGUCACGUGUCCCACAUGUGAUCAAGACGUGAAAUACAGCACUUUAGAACACAGUGAUUGCACUGCGUCUUGUAAACUGUGCGGAAAGAAGUACUUGGCGGAGGAGGAGGAUAUCCAUUCUAAGAUGUGCCUUCAGGGAGAAAGUCUUCCAAACAUUGAGCUCACAGAUUACAAGGCAGGAGUCAGUGAUUGGGAAAAGAAGUUGAGAGUUGAUACCGCAGAUGAUUUCAAAGAGCUUUAUGAAUCGGGGGAGAAGUGGGAGAAGGAGUACCACAAAGUUCGCUCCACCACUUCUGAUGUCGUUGAAGUGAAGAAGAGGUUGGAAAGUGCUGCCCAUGCCUAUGCUAAUGCUGUAGUUGCAAACUCCAAAUCUUAUAAUGCACAUAGCAGAUUAGGUAUUGUGUUGGAAGAGAUUCAUUAUGUUGAGGAUUUGAUGGCAAAGCU